GCUGGAUCUGUCGACUGCAUGCACAGGAGUCUGAGACGCUGCUUCGGCCUUGGAAACGAUCCUUCUUAAAAGGAUUUGCCUCCUUCCUCAAGGGAAAGAAAACCUAUUGAUAUAAAAGCUUAUUUCCCUUCCGGCUUCCCCUGCUAAAUGCUACUUCAGUAGAGACCAAGUGUUGAUGAAUACGGGGGAAAGAAAAAAAUCGUAACCUGAGCCUGGUCACAUUGCCCCUUGUGAUAUAGUUUUAUUUUUAACUUUGAAACACUUGAACUAUUUCUGUUGAAGUUUUCUCUCCUUUCCCUGCCUCCUCAACAGAACUCUGUCCUCUGCUGCAGCUGAUGCACCCUGGUCACUUCCUGCGAUCUGCUUGCUCACAAUCAAGGGACACAGGUGCUGCAGAUGCUGACUCAGCCCGGGCCAUUAAGAUUUAUAAAGUAAGAAGAAUUAAGAAGCUAUGGUGAGUACCCAGGGUAGGGCACGCAGGCCUUCAUCUGGGCAGCACAGGCAUUGUGAGAAAUGCUUCGACCGUCACUGCCACAUUCCUGUGGAGCCUGAUGUCUCCUGUCUGGUGAUAAACUGCCACCUGUCCUGUGGUGCUACCUUCCACAUGUGCAAAGAGGCAGAGCAUGAGCUCCUCUGCCCUCUAGAGCAGGUUCCAUGCCUCAACUCUGAAUAUGGUUGCCCCCUUUCCAUGUCCCGCCACAAGCUGGCCAAGCACUUGCAAGUGUGCCCUGCCAGUGUGGUCUGCUGCUCCAUGGAGUGGAAUCGCUGGCCAAAUGUGGACUCUGAAACAAUCCUUCAUGAGAACAUCAUGAAAGAGACCCCCAGUGAGGAAUGUUUGGACACAGCCCUGGCCCUCCAGGACCAGAAGGUCCUUUUUAGAUCUCUGAAAAUGGUAGAACUUUUCCCAGAAACUAGAGAGCCCACUGAGGAGGAACCUACCACAAAUGGUGAAGCCACUUGGGAGGAAAUGGGAGGAGCAGUGGGUGGAGUAGAUGCUGGGUUGGUACCACAUGGAUCUCUGCCAGCAACUAAUGGAGAAAUGAUAGAGCUAAGUCAAGAAGAGCGAGAGGCUUUAGCCAAAACCAAAGAAGGGAUGGACCUGGCGAAGUUUGGCAAGUGGGAAAAUAUAUUCAGCAAAGAGCAUGCAGCCUCUGCUUUAACAAGUACAUCAGUGAGCUGUGACAGCAAUAGCAGGAACAGCCCAGGAAAAGAACAGGUUUCCAAUGGCAAUAACGUGAUAGGGGAGGAUGCUCUCCAAGAGAAAGAACCACAGGAAAAACAGAAGCAGCAGGACAUUAAUGCAGCAGUGGAAAAGACAGGCCUCGCCCCUUGGCAGGAUGGUGUUCUGGAAAGACUGAAAACAGCUGUGGAUGCAAAGGACUAUAAUAUGUAUCUGGUGCACAAUGGAAGGAUGCUUAUUCAUUUUGGUCAGAUGCCUGCUUGUACGCCUAAGGAGAGAGACUUUGUUUAUGGCAAACUUGAGGCUCAGGAAGUAAAGACUGUUUAUACCUUCAAAGUUCCCGUGAGCUACUGUGGGAAGCGGGCUCGCGUUGGAGAUGCCAUGCUGAGUUGUAAGCCAAGUGAACACAAGGCAGUAGAUACCUCAGAUUUAGGGGUCACUGUGGAGGACCUGCCCAAAUCAGAUCUCAUCAAGACCACCCUCCUGUGUGCUUUAGAAAGAGAGCUUAAAGGGCAUGUCAUUUCCGAAUCCAGGAGCAUUGAUGGUCUGUUCAUGGAUUUUGCUACACAGACAUAUAAUUUUGAGCCAGAACAGUUUUCUUCUGGGACUGUGCUGGCUGACCUCCUAACCACUGCCAACCCAGGGGGACUCCAUGUGGAACUCCACAGUGAGUGCGUGACCAGGAGACAUAACAAGAGCAGCUCUGCCUUUACUUUCACUUGCAACAAAUUCUUCAGGAGGGAUGAAUUCCCCCUACAUUUCAAGAAUGUCCACACAGACAUUCAGUCAUGUCUCAAUGGCUGGUUCCAGCAUCGAUGCCCUCUUGCCUACUUGGGAUGUACUUUUAUUCAAAACCAUUUCCGUCCUCCAGGACAAAAGGCAAAAGUGAUUUAUAGUCAGGAGCUCAAGACCUUUGCCAUCAAGCCAGAGGUUGCUUCAGAGCUGAGUGAGAGAAAGAAGAACAACCAUCUCUCAGGCUGUGGAGCAAAAAGUCAGAAAUCUCUCACUAGCCUGCCUCUGGAGGUUUUGCAAUACAUUGCUGGGUUCUUAGACAGCAUCAGCCUGUCCCAACUUUCCCAGGUGUCUGUGCUGAUGAGAAAUAUCUGUGCUACUUUGUUACAAGAGAGAGGGAUGGUCCUCCUACAGUGGAAGAAGAAGAGAUAUUCUCAUGGAGGCACCUCCUGGAAAGUCCACAGAGAGAUCUGGCAAUUCAGCAGCCUCUUCUCCAGAGUCAAGAGCUGGGAGUUUAAUGAAGUUGCGUCCAUGUCUGAACACCUGAAGGCCUGUCCUUUCAACAUUGUAGAGCAUAAGACUGACCCAAUUCUUCUGACCAGCAUGCGUCAACUCCAGGAGCAGACCCGAGAGAGCUUAGUCACCACCUUUAGAGCCAGACCACGAGGAAGACACAUCUGCUAAAGAUUCAGAUGCUGCCAUUCUUGGAUUCACCCUCUGAGUUACUGAAAGUAGGAGCGUGUGUGGUUUUGAGGACUUUCUUCCAUAAACUGUAAAUGUGCUUUUCUAGGUGUAUGGAGCAUGCACUGGCCUAAACCUGAGCAGUUGCACAGGGUCAAAGAAUUUCCUAAGCUAUGGCUUGUACACUUGCUGUAAGUACUAUACUGAUAACUUUUUUCCUUCUCCCCGCUCCCCGCUUUUUUUCUAAAACAAAUCAAUCUGUGGAGAAAAAUAGGUAACUUGAGGCCAUUUGAAAGAUGAGCCUAAGUCUUGGGAGAUGAGAGCACAGUGAAAUUCCAUAACCAGUACAGGCCUAUGCUUUUGUGGAGAAUGUUUUAAUUGAUGAGCACUUUCAAAUUUAUGAGACAGGCAAUGCAAGAUUGGAUCUGAGGUGUGUCUUAGGGCACCCCGCGUGAAGGGCACAUGGUUUGACAGUUCUGGAGCUGGGGUUUUCUUGACAGUUUAGUCCAGGUCUUCUUUUAGUCACUCCACUAUCUGCAACCCCAGGGAGUCCAAGCACAGCCCAAUAAAAUGGAGACCUUGACUGAGCACAGCAGCCUUGAGAACACCACAGGCCAAAGAAUGAGAGGCAGAAAUGAAGCCACAGAGUUUGUUGUGGAGAAUCUUGGCAAGAUACCGAAAGACAGCCUUGCAAAAUAAGGAAAAGUCCGAAAGGCACAUUCUAUCAAUGGAGAAAAUUAGCACCAAAAGCCAGAAGCCUACUUUUAAACAUGUCAAAAAAAUGACUUAAGAGUCAAGAUUCUUUUCUUCUUAAAAUUACAUUCUAAGUCUGGAUUAGGGAGAGCAGAAGCAUAGUCCAGCACCAGCCUGGGCUAACUGAGAUGACUCAAGAAAGGUACUAACACCAGCUUCAGUGUCAUGCCAGAAUCUACAAGGUAGUCCAGAGAAACCCAUACAUUUGGAAAAGUCCGGACAAGGCCCACCACAGUUGUUAGAUGCCACUUGAGUACCCUGUGGAGAAUCAUAGGAAGGAACACACCUGAACAUAGUGGUUCUCUAUAAUUUCUCCUACCUAUUGCUGUUCAUGACUUCAAUCUGUCAGAAAUUGGUGAUACUGUUGGGUUUUGGCAACAAACCGUAAAUACUCAUGAAAAUAGAAGUAAAAUAAAAAUAGGGGCACCUGGGUGGCUCAGU